AUGCCGAUUUCCGAGGCCUCCAUCUUGCAGUGCCUGACCGCGCUGCACUUCACAUGUCGGCACGGCUCAAACCGCGAUGUGCUCGCAGCUCUGGAACAGCUCCGGUCCGCUGCCGCUGCUGAGGCCGCUGAAGCCGCCAACAUGCUGGUAGACGAAACCGGGGCCAGCGCCGCGACGACACAGAAACCCGCUCCAUCUCUGGUCGCUGAAGCUCUCCAAGUGGCUGACGCCAUGGGCGUUACACCGCUCCUGCACGCCGUGCAGCGCCGCCUCGCCGAUGUGGUUUCGGAGCUGCUUGCCGCUGGCGCCCAUCCCGCCUAUCCCCGCCUGGAACCUUCCCUUAACAGCGCUCUGCAUGUGGCGGCGCUCAAGCAUCAGCAGCAUCAGACACUGCAGCAACACCAUCGACACGAAUCUUCGAAGAGGUUGGCGUCAGUGGACUUGUUGAGUGCCAACGGCUCGACCCCCCUGUUGUACGCGUGUGGUACGGGCCACCUAGGAGUAUCGGCGGUGCUACUCAAGGCGGGUACGGCGUACGGCAACGAACGAGAGCGGAAGCUGGAGCCGCCAUCCUCCAAGGCGGAUGCUACUGCUAUUGCUACUGCCGCCGCAGCUACCGUCGCCGGUGACGACGACGUCGAGGCGCUGUCCUCGGCCGUGGCCGUGGCGGAUGCCAACGGUACCCCCCAACGUGGUCCACAACGACCCGGUCAACGAGUACGGGGCCACACAGUAAUUGCGGGGCUGAAUCCGCUGCCGGUAUCGCCGCUGCCGCUGCAGCCGGCUCCGAAGCUACAGGAGAUUCAGGAGAAGGAAGACGAUGGAGACGUGGGAGAGGCGAAGGAGGAGGAAGUGUUGGAAGAAGUGGCGACCGGCGGGCUGCUCGGUGUUGAUGCUGCGGCCUCCUGGGAGGCGGAGGCGCUGACGGUCAUGCAGGUGCUUUGGGUACCGACGACCCGAGCUGGGGAGCUGUCAGCGGCGCAGUUGGAGGCGCUGGAGGCGCUGCACCGGGGGGCGCUGGCCAAGAUCGCGGAGGCGCGUCUGGCGCUGGCGGUGGGUGUGGAGGUGGCGCGAGCAGAGGAGGAGCGACAGCGGCUGCGGGAGAUCACCGCCCUUCGGGACCACCGCUGA